AUGAAGUUUAUCAACAUCGUCUUCCUCCUCCCACUCGCAGCAUUCGCAAAUCCAAUCGCAGAACCCAUUCCAGAAGCCUCCGCAAUGGCCCUCGCAUCUGCUGAACCAGAGACCUCACCAAACCCAUCUCAGGAGUCGCAUCUCCUUGUGGCCCGUGACAAUGUGUGCCACAUCAUUACCGCAGGAUCCCAAGGUUGCGAUUGGGACCCGUACAAUGGCAAACGAAGAACAUUGAUCAAGCCAGGCAUGACUUUUGGUGUUUCUUGCUAUGUUACAGAUGGAAAGCCCGUUGGUACAGACAAGUACAAGAGAUGGGAUUAUGUUCCUGGAUGGGGUUGUUGGGUUAGUGCUAAGUGGACAAAUUCAGGCUGUGAAAGUAAGUUUGGAUAUCCUAGUACACGGGCAAAAGCCGUCAGUCUUUUGAAUGCAACUAACGAGACUUAG